GCCACAAACAAAAGGCGCAAGACUCAGCCCCGUAGCAAGAGAAAGCAAAAUCAUCUUGCCAAUCUGCUCAGCUCUCUUCACACAUGAAUACCAUCUGAUUCAAUCGCAUACAACAACACCUUUUUGCUCCUGGUGAGCCUUUUGGGGUAAAAGGUUCUUUUCAAAGAUGCCUUCAACCCAUCGUACUCGAUCUUCAACUCCAAUAGCAUCAUCAUCUCGUGAUUCUGCAUCGAUACAAAUAGCUUCAAUUGCUGCUUCGACAGAUAUACCUUCAAGCAAUGAAUUAGCAUCACUUGCACGCAUAUUACGUGAUCGAAAGAAGCUAUUAAAGAGAAAGCUUGAAGUUGUACAAAAUGAUGAACAGAAUAUCACAAGUGGUGGCAAAGGUACCAAUACAAGACGAACGACACUUCUGGAAUCUCUGGAAAAUAUCGAAUCAUCAUCUGCUAGACGAUCGAGAAGUAGAUCUCCAACAGGCUCAGCAAGAAAAGAAAGACCGACACCUUUGAAUUUACAGACUAGCUCAGGCAAGCUCAACAGAAAUGCAAAUCUUUCUUCACCGACUUCUGCUACACAACCACUCCCGACUGGAGAUGGACAAAGACCUAGAAUAAAGGUAAAGAGAGAAUCAGAGAGGGAUAGGAGUAUAGAUGCACAUAGUGUAGCAUCUGGCUCAGGAUCACACGCACUUGGAUCGACAAACAGAGCUGGAAGUGAAGCAAGUCCAGGUCCUGAUGGUGAUUGGGAUGAUGAAGGUCCAUCAAGACCGGGAAGAGGAUUUUUCAAUAAGCGUAAACGCCAUCGUGGCACGAAUGAUCGAGAUGGAUCGGCUGAUGAAUAUUCUCAAUCGGAAAUUGAUAGUCCUGCUCCUCCAGCAUCUUCUCGAGUAUCCGGUCAAGGUGAUUCAUCAUGGCCAAAGCGUGAAUCGAUGUUCUCCAGUUCGACUGGUGCUGCAUCUACACACAAAUUGAAAUUGAACCCAACUGCGCAAACUGCACAUCUUAAACGUGAUUCACUAUCCGGUGGCAUGCUUAGAAGACCUUUGGGGUUGCGAGGUGAUGACUUUGGUCAAAUGCCUUUGACACCCUUUCAAAUCCAGCAAGCUGCAAUGUGGGAAUUGCCCAAAAGAACACCAGAUACGUUUAUACCAAAGGAGGGACAGAGAAGGCAUAUUCGACCAUAUCCGAUCAAGCCUGAUGAAGUGGAUGUUGAUUUCUCAUCAAUGGAUUGGAGAGAAAGAGAUAAGGAGAGAGAUAGAUUGGAAGCAGCGGCUGCAGCUUCGGCAGCAGGAACUCCAGUCGGACCUGGCCCGGGACAAGCAGUUGUAAAGGAUACAGCCGUUAGUCGAGCAAGGGACAGAAAGCAAGAUCAAGUGCCUUUUCAUACCUUUCAACAAUGGUGUGAUGGUUGGUUUAGAACAUUGACGGAUGAGGAUUUGGCUUGGCUAUCCAGCAAAUCUGAAGAUAUGGACCUUUUCUCAAUUCCUUCGCUUGGCAGACAUUACAAGGAAAUAUGGGAAGAGGAAGAAGCAAAUGGUGCACUUGUACCUACCGUAUACCUAACAAAUGCCCCUUACAGUACUACACCGCUACAGUCCGCAUUCCCAGUCUCUGCCAAUAUGAAUGGACGGUCUAUGCCAGGAAGUAGCAAUGGAAUGGGACCGGGUAUUGCUUCUUCACACAUGACAAAACCUCCAAAGUUCGAUCCACGUCAAUUGAAAGACGAUCACCUGUUUGCCGGUUCAUUGGAUGAAGUACGCGGAGGUCCAUUCACAGAACGACUUUUGAGUGUUUUGCUACCAACGCCACCGCCUAGUGAUGAUUCAGGAGAGGCGAAUCAACAAGCCAAUCAGAAUGCUGGACCGGGUGGUCUAGUAUUGAUAAGUGGACAUGGAGGAGGCAAUGCAGGUACUUCUCAAGAUAUGGCAGAUUACGAAGACAGAUUGAUGCGUGAGCUCAAAGCGAUUGAUGUGAUUGGGAAUGAAGAUUCGAUUGAUUGGUCAGAUCGAACGGAUGAUGAAAUUUCUUCAACUUUACGUAAAGUACAAAACCUACUUCGAAAACAAAUUCGAAUCAACGAAGUACGAAAGUUACGUUUAUACGAGCUUGCUAAAGAUCGUAUGGGAUAUCAAGAUUACGUUGCUUGUUUGACUUCUGCCGAAAGGGAAAUCGAAUCUGGUUGGCUAAAAAGACAACAACAAAUCCGAAAGAGUAUGUCUGCACAAAAGAAGAAAAAAGGAAGUACCUCUGGAGCUGGCAGUGGUGCGGCAGCAGUGGCAGCAGCGGCGAUUGGAGAUACGAAUGCUGCGAAUAGUCCGGCAGCUGCAGGAACGCCAGGCGCAAGUAGUUCAGCAAUGACUGCUCAAGGUUCAACACAAGGUUUCGUUGCUGAAAAUCGUGGUGGUGGACCGAUUAAACCUCAAUUUUCUGAUCAAUUAAUCAGUGCAAUGGAUAAACGUCGUAAAUUAAUCUUUGCACUUGAACCAAUCUUUGCCAAAAAUCCUCUGGCCAAAUUUACACCAAAAGGCGAUGAGUCAAUUUAUGCAGAUUUGGAUUUGAAUCAGUAAAUACACAUUGUACUAUACUAUAAUUUAUCAACUUUUGUCUUUUUCUGAAAAUAAUCAGUGAUGUAUUGA